AUGUGAAACAUUCUAUAAUGUCAAAGUUGUUUUGCAAAGUCAAUCGAUUGAAUUCAUUAGGCAUUUUAAAUGCUGGAAAAUUGCAUAAAAUCGUGAAUAUUUCUACAUAUUUAGCGAUGUCAGAUCAAAAAGGAAAUCCUGACAAGGACGAGACAACAAAGGAGCAAAAUGCUCAGGAAAAACCAUCAACAUCAUCGGAAUUGCUGCAAGAUGUAGAGGCUAUUAGGAACUAUCUGGCUGAGAAAUUGAAUUUAUUUGCUGGGGCUGUGAAGGAGGAUGACGACACGGAUGCUAGGAGGGCACCAAAGGUACUUGACAAGGUGGAUUUUGACGGAUUGAUGGAUCACUGGAAGGACAAGGGUUUUAAGAACAUUGUGACAAUGGUGGGAGCUGGAAUUUCCACUUCAGCAGGGAUUCCGGACUUUAGGUCUCCGGAUACUGGGCUGUAUAGUAAUUUGCAGAAGUACAAUUUGCCGUAUCCGACAGCGAUUUUUGAGCUAGACUACUUCAUUGACAAUCCUCAGCCGUUUUUUACGCUGGCCAAGGAAUUGUAUCCGGGAACUUUUAAGCCCACUCCUUGUCACUAUUUCGUGAAGUUGCUGCAUGACAAGGGAUUGCUCAAGAGGCAUUAUACUCAGAAUAUUGACACUCUGGAGAGAAUUGCUGGAAUUCCGGGAGAGAAAAUGGUGGAAGCUCAUGGAACUUUCUACACAAAUCACUGCUUGGGCUGCAGGAAAUCCUUCACGAUGGAAUGGAUGAAGGAGGAGAUCUUUGCUGACCGAGUGCCGACGUGCUCGGAAUGCAACGGAGUCGUGAAGCCGGAUAUUGUCUUCUUCGGGGAAAACCUCCCAGAUGCCUUCUACACGCUUCCCUCGAAGGACUUCCAGGACUGUGAUCUUCUGAUCAUCAUGGGAACCUCCCUCGAAGUCCAUCCAUUUGCCUCCCUUCCGGAUCGCGUCAACGAUUCCUGCGUCCGGUUGCUGGUCAAUCGGGAACUCGUUGGCAAUCGCGACAGUAUCUGGAGCCUCUUUUCCCGGAGCGCCGGCCGGAUGGAGUUCGGCAUGCCCGAGAGCCGAAGGGACGUGGCCUGGCUGGGAGACUGUGAUGACGGAGUGCAGGCAAUUGCAGACCGUCUGGGCUUCGGAGAUGAACUCCGGGACCUAGUGAAAAAGGAGCAUCAGCGAAUUGAUGCAGAGACAAAGGAGGAGGCAGAAAAGAGCAAAAUAUGAUUCCGGCAGCUUUAAUUCAUUCUUCAAUUUUAUCAAGAGUUCAAAUAUAGUUUUUUUUUUCUUAGUAGCUUCGGCCGAAAAGUGUGAAAGCCAUGGGCUUCCUGGAGCAUUCAGGAUGAAUACACUUGUCAGAGUCUGCGAGUUUUUCAGGCUGUUCGAACGGUAUGCAGAGUGUCUUGGCACCCAUGGACGGAGCACCGGGUUCUACAAAUUCUGCAUUCUCCCUGAAGAUUUCAAAAAAAAAAUCCCAUUAGAUAAAGAGAUUUAUUGCGAUUUACAGAACAACCGAUAACAGAUAAAAAAUUUCUUUCUGUAUUUAAAAAAUAAAUUAAAGUGGAAAUGA